ACGCCGCUCACAUGUUUGCGCUGCACACCGCAGCUGCACAGAAAGCAGCCAGCGAUAGACUGUGUAGCAUAGCUCUGCCUGUGUGUAAUGGCGACGCUACCACCGCCGGCUCAGGGAAACAAUGUGCUCUCCAAGAUCAACUUAGAAGCAUGGGACAUUGUGGUUAUUGUUGCAUAUUUUAUAGGAGUGACUGUUGUCGGUGUAUGGUCAUCAUGGAGAAGCAGCCGGAAUUCGAUAAGUGGCUACUUCUUGGCCAGUCGCAACAUGCACUGGAUCCCGGUGGGAGCGUCGCUGUUUGCCACAAACAUCGGUAGUGCUCUCUUCGUAGGUUUGGCAGGAUCUGGUGCAGCAUCUGGAAUUGGAAUAGCAGGAUUUGAACUUAAUGCAUCUUUUGUCCUUCUGCUCCUCGGAUGGGUAUUCGUUCCUGUCUACAUUGCUUCCGGGGUAUACACUAUGCCCGAGUACCUGCGCAAGAGAUUCGGUGGCCAAAGGAUACGUGUGUACCUGUCAGUACUGGCGCUGCUGCUUUCCAUAUUCACCAAGAUCUCGACCGAUUUAUUUGCUGGAGCCAUAUUCAUUAAACAAGCUCUCGACUGGAACCCUUACGUGUCUGUCAGUAUUCUGCUGGCUAUAGCAUGUAUCUUCACUGUAGCCGGUGGAUUGAGCGCUGUGAUAUGGACAGAUUUUGUACAGACCAUCCUGAUGGUUGUCGGCGCUUUUGCUCUUAUGGUUCUCAGUCUUAUUGAGGUUGGAGGCUUCGACGGGCUGAUGAGGCAGUUCAAAUACGCCGUGCCGCGAGACGACAGUUAUGUCAUCUACACGGCGGAUAACGUAUCCUGUUCCAAAGUUCCCGACAACUAUCAGAGCCUGCUCCGUUCUGCAUCGGACCCAGAGCUUCCCUGGACUGGUGUUGUAUUUGGCAUCACUAUAUCUGCUGUCUGGUGUUGGUGCUCAGAUCAGGUAAUUGUCCAACGUGCUCUUUCCGCGAAGAACAUAUCCCACGCCAAAGGUGGCUGUAUCCUUGCUGGGUUCCUUAAGCUACUUCCCAUGUACUUGCUUGUACUACCUGGUAUGGCCGCUCGCGUGUUGUAUCCAGACUUCGUGGCGUGCUCUAAACCGGAACGUUGUCGUGAAGUGUGUCAGAACGACAACGGUUGCAGCAACAUUGCCUAUCCAUUGCUGGUGAUCAAACUCAUGCCCGUAGGUGCCCGGGGCAUGAUGCUGUCGGUUAUGUUAGCAGCGUUGAUGUCUUCAUUGACGUCUAUCUUCAAUAGUUCUUCGACUAUCUUCACCAUCGACAUUUGGAGGAAGUUCCGCAAGAACGCGUCUCACGUCGAACUUUUAAUUGUGGGUCGCAGUUUCGUCGUCGUUUUAGGGGCGAUCGGUGUCGUGUGGAUGCCCAUCAUCGAAGCAUUUCCAAAUAGCCAGCUAUUUCACUACGUACAAAGUGUUACAAGUUGUCUGGCGCCACCCGUCAGCGCUGUCUACGUUCUUGCAGUGGCCUGGGCACGUAUUAACGAACCGGGCGCCUUCUGGGGCUUGAUGAGCGGCCUAGUCAUCGGCAUGAUUCGCUUUAUAUGGGAAUUCUGGUACUCUGUUCCCGCUUGUGGAAGCGUUAUUUCUGAUCCAAGGCCCGCUGUCUUGUCGAGCGUUCACUACCUGCACUUUGGCAUUCUCCUUUUUAUCAUCACUAUCAUUAUUACUACAGUGGUCAGUCUUCUAACACUACCCAUCGAAGCCACACAGCUACAUCGAUUGACGUACGCGACGCGCCAUAAGAAAGAAAUCCGAGAAGACCAGGACAAAAGUCGGAAAAAAUCAGUCCUUCAAAUAAUUUACAAAGGCAAUGACAAUCUCACCUGCAAUAUAGGCACGUGUGAGUACCUAGAAGACAUCCAUGGUAUGGAUCAUGAGGCUUCGACAUUGUCAAAGAAACCCGAGUCAAGGUUGAAACGCCUGAUGCUGUGUAUCUGUGGUGUGACUCAAAGCCAAGUACAAGCCCCGAAAGACAACUCAGGACUGCUCAAUGAGGAAGAAUCUACUCUACAGGCAGCUGAAUCUCUGAAAGAAACCCCUCUAUGGGAAGAGGUGUGCAACGCCGGCGCUGUUGUUCUUAUGAUCGUUUGCGCUUUCAUGUGGGGCUACUACGCGUGAUGCCACUCAAGUUCCACCUGUUCAAAAUCUUACGGCAGUCCUCGAACCUCGGUUUCAACAGUAUUCCAGCGCUGCUACAGACCAUGUCCUUGCACUGCAAGUCUCGUAUAGCCGCUAAGACCUCAAACUAUGAAUGUUUUGAAAUGAUAUGCAAUGAAGAAAUCUGUGAAUCAAAUCAAUCAAUACAUAAAUAUAUUUUAUCACUUC